ACUAAAUUGCUGUACCUUGUUCCCGCUAUGUGUGUGCUGCGGUGUGCUGCAGCUAGACCACAUAGUUGUCAAUGGAUAAAUGAUAAUAAAUUCAUUGACAUGGCAAGAGUUUUUAUUAAACAUAUUACCGAAGUAAAUGUCCAAAACAUUUCGACGAAACAGCAUGGAUUAUCAAAUCGAAUCGGCUCAGUGCUGCUCAGCCAGUGUGUCUCAGACCUCUGUCAGCAUAUCAGACUUCUCAGAUGAGAUUUUAUUGAACAUUCUGCGAUUCAUCCCGAGCCAUGAUCUGAUGCUCAGUGUGAACAGAGUUUGCCGGAAGUUCAGAACACUGUGUCUGGAUAAGAGCUUGACAGCCCAUAUACACCUGCAUAAAAAUUACACGGCAAACGAUGAUGCUGUGAAACAGAUCUUGAAGAACCUUUCCAGUGACAUCCAGACAUUGGACCUAAAUGGCUGUUACUGGUUGGCUGGCUCUACAGUGGACCAGGUUACUCGCUGUAAGAACCUGGUCAAUCUGGACCUUUCGGGCUGUCGCCUGACACCAGUUCGUCUGUCGCAUCUGCUGACCACCCUCCGAUUUCUGCGCUCCCUGGCUCUGGAUGUGGGCCCGGGUUUCGACCUCCAUCUGGUUAGCGCCGAGGGGAAGGCUGCAUUGUCACGCCUGCUGGAGCUUAAGCAGACAUUGCUGACACCCUCGUAUGGCGUGGUGCCAUGCUGCAGUGCGCUGCGCAGUUUGCGGCUCUAUCUGGAGGCCAGCGAGAGCUGGAGUGAAGCGGGUGGCUGCACGCAGCUGAUGGUGGGACAAAGCAGCGUGCCACACUACCAAAACCUGCGCUGGUUUUCUGCACGCCUGGCACCCGGUGAGGUAAAUCGUACUCUUUUGGCGCUCUACUUGGCGGUGUUCAGUAUGAGAGUGCCAGAGGGUCUUGCAGGACUGGUUCUGUUUGUGCCAGGGCCCGCCCCACCUAGGCCAGUUGCCAUGAUGGCACUGAUGGAGAGCAUGGUGUCAAGAAAUACGGUUAGUGCACUUCAGCUUCCACGUACGUGGUUGGACGGUGCUAUGUUAGGGCGGGUGCUUGCGCACGGCUGUCCCGCUUACCUAAACGUCUCACGGUGUUCUGCUCCUGGGUUCAACCCUCUACAUGUGUUGCUUAGUGCGGGUCGCGAUCUCUCACCCCUACGGACUCUCAACCUAAGAGGCUGCGGCAGAGGCCCUGUCCCGGACAGCUGUGGGAAGGCCGAGGAGGAAAUGGACGCGGAGAGCGUCAAAGCAAUUACUGAAUGUUGUCCUCAUCUAAUUCAUCUCAAUCUCUCUGCCACACACUACCAUCAUACUGUUCCUGCAGGACAGGAUGGGCACCUAUGUGGAGCUUUAGGACGUCUUGCCUUUUUGCGCACACUGGCACUUCCUGUCUGUGCCUUGGCGCAAUCCUCACCAACACCUAUGAACACAACCGACUCCAACACGAAUGUCACUUCGGGGUCGCUACUGCUUGGACUUAAGAAGAGCAACCGCAUCGGUGUGCCCACAUAUCGACCCAAAACCGAUGUCUCGGGGGGUCUGGGUGAAGAUCAACAGGAGAGGGGACUGUGCAUUCAACCACUGCUUAAAGGUUGCCCACACCUGGUAGAGCUGGAGCUUAUCGGCGCAGGCUUUUCCUCCGCCAUGCCACGAAAUGAGCCGGCCAUGCGCAAGGAUCCUGCUGCUUGUCCAUGGUCUUACAGUGUCGGAGAUGGCGAACUAGCUGCUUUAGGAGGACUGAAAUUUUUACGCAAGCUCACCCUUGCGCACUUACCUGGAGUAUUGAAGGGGACGGGUUUGAUUGAACUUGUUCAGGGGUGCAAGGACCUUCAGUUGUUGUCGCUGGCAAAUCUUGGAUCCUUAAAGACCAUGAAUUACACACAGGCCCUGCUGGAGACCCUCACAUACUGCACACAACUCAGGGACUUGAGGCUGGAGCAGCCUUACUUUAAUGCGAGCGCUGCGUUUUUCGAAGCACUCAGUAAGUGUCAGCGGCUGCGGCGUCUGUGUUUAGUUUCUCGACAGGGAACCUUCCAGCCGUCCUCUGUGAUUGCUUUUAUGCAGAGCUGCGCUGAUGUCAUCAUGUGUCACAUGUUCAUGAGCGGGACCCUUGUCACCUGUAAAUUGCUGCAGAAAACCCUGUUGGACAGUUAUUCAUCAUCUCGUCCAGCCCUCAGUGUUGUGAUUUACCCUUUACUGCACGAGGACCUGGCCAAUGUGAUCAGAGGAAUGCCACUGUGUCACUUGGACGAGAUCACGCUUUUCAAAAGCCGCAUUGCCGAGGAGCCAGUGAAACUUUGAUUGAACUAUUCAUUUCCUGGUGAUUUUACUUGGGAAAUGCAUGACCAGGGAUAUCUUUAACACAAAUAUUUGGCAUUGUAGGAACUCUCAUGUUGUUUAAAAAGUGAAAUAUUAGUGGUCUGGUCAGGGUUGUGUAAGCACGAGAUAUCCUCAACGCAAACCGAAAAUCCCAAGGUCUAUGUUUUCCAGUAAAGAGCCCGUAUGAACAAACUCUGCACCUAUUUGAAAUGUCAUCUUUGUGAAUGUGCCAAAAUUAAACCCACUUUACAUCUCAAUGCAUUGUGUACAUUACAAUCUCUACCUCAGUUUAAUCUUAAACUUUAAACUGUACUUAAACUUUUAUUGGAUCUUUGGCCCUUUCAGUCAUCAGACAGCCAUUGUUUCACAAUUAAAGGCACAAUAUGUAAGAUUUUUGCAUUAAAAUAUCCAAAUAUCAUUAGCAAAUUACCAAAUAUUUUCAAUUUAGAGAGUUCACAUUUUCUUUCUUUAUUCUUCACGCCAUUCCAGAAUCUAUUGCUAUAUUCAUGGCGAUAUACACAGGUUAAUUCACACACAGGUUGGAAAAGGGGUGAUAUGGUAUAUCCAAUAAAACCAUAAGUGUCUUUUACUUCAUGGAUAUUCUUAAUAAAUGUCCUCUACAUGUGUUGCUAAGUGACCUUACAUUGGUUUUGUGUGGCACAUUGAUACAUCUUUGUGAUUGUAGACACUUCCUGGUUAAGUCCUUGUUCUAACAGUUAUCAGGAUAUUCUGGCUUUGGUUCAGCAUCGUUUCCCGUAAAUGGAUUGCAAGUCAGAGAGGUCUGCAUUGCAGAUGAUGCGCUCAGCUGAUCGCACCACCCUCCCGAACCGGGCUGGGAUGUUUUCCGUCAGUGUGCUUCCGAUGGUGCAGGUGUAAAGUCAGUACUUUGAAGGGCAGUUUAAAGUCUUUAAAGAGCGUGAGGUGGUAAAGACGCUGAAGAGCUUUUUUUACCAGAGAAUUUUCAUCUUACAUUCAUCAUGUUUCUUCUUCCGGUGAUGCUGGCGGUUUUCUCUGGUGGUUCGGCUGAAGUUGUGGAUAAUUUUAAAAGUAAAUGUCCUCAGUAUUUCAUGAACGGAAUACCACCGACAGUC